AGUCGCACAGUGAAUUAAAGAUCUGCAUUUGACAAUUUCCAAAGUUCGGAAAGCCCUUUAAUUUGUCCUUUAUCUGAGUGCAUGCGCAUAAAGCUUGCUGGACUUCUGUUGUAUCAGGUUCAACUAAAUCUCUUCCUCUCAUUCUCAGCAGGAUGUUUCAGAAUAGCAACUUGAUAUAUAGAUGGCAGGAGAAUCAACAAGUUUUGAUGGUCAGGAACAUGGUGGUAAAAGAUUGUCUGAGAAAAUCGUAGGUAUGAUAGAAAACUUAGAUCUACUCCCAGCAUCAUCUCAUAAACAUUGCUGUAUCUACAAGGUUUCAGAUCACAUUCGCAAAUCGAACGAAGAAGCUUAUACUCCUCAGGUAAUAUCAAUAGGGCCUUUUCAUCGUAAUAAGAGCCGAAAGUUGCAAAAGAUGGAAGACUUUAAAUUGAGAUAUCUCAAGAGUUUCACAGACCGAGCCGAAACAAAGUUGGAAGAUAUAGUGAGCACUAUAAAAGGUGCGGAAGAAAGUGUUCGGGAAUGUUAUUCGGAGACUAUACCACUUGGAAGUGAUGAAUUUGUGGAAAUGAUCCUGGUUGAUGCGAGCUUCAUUAUCGAGUAUUUCUGGAGAAACAAGACGAAAGGGAACUGGACCGACUACGACCAAGAAAUAUUAAAGCCGUGGUUGUGCAAUAGGAUGCAGAUGGACUUGAUAUUACUUGAAAAUCAGCUUCCUUUCUUUAUUAUUGAAAUAAUAUAUGACAUUGCAUUUCCAUCUCGCUCAAAAGAAGGCCACCCCUUCAUUGAGCUUAGCUUUUGUCAGUUUGAAUAUUACAACGUUCAAAAUUUUCGUCAUUCCGAGUCGGAAAAAAUAUUUCACUUCACUGACUUGGUUAGAAACUUUUGCAUGCCUCCUCCCGAAAGGCGACCGCAAAGAGGUUAUCGAAAUAUGAGGGAAAUGUACAGUGCAGCCCAGCUGGAUAAGGUAGGAUUGAAGUUUAAGAAGAGAGAAUCAAGCAAUAUUAAUUGGUCACCUCUUGAACUUGAACUAAAAUAUGCAGACGGAGUGCUGGAAAUCCCACCCUUUCAGUUAGACAGUAGCACGGAGAUUUAUGCUCGGAACCUCGUCGCCUUUGAGGAAUGUCACUAUCGUUCAGAUGCAUAUAUUACUGAUUACUAUAUCCUGUUAAGUAUGCUUAUCAAAACAGUCAAAGAUAUAGAUGUACUUGUACGAGAGCAGAUCAUCCAUAAUUGGCUGGAUGGCGUCGUGGCUACUUCAAUGAUCAACAAGCUGUCCGGCGAAAAACUUUUCUAUUUCCAAAUGAACUCUGAUUAUCACGGGAUGGCUGAAAAGUUGAACAAAUUCUAUAAUAAUCAGUCAAAGCCGAUCAUCACCUUCAGACGUGUUUUAUUUCGCUCGCCUUUGACCGGUGCUACUACCAUAUCCGCUUCUGUUAUGUUGAUUCUCACUUUCGUGCAAUGUGUAUGCUAUCUCCUAUCGCUGAAGUCGGUCUUUUAAGCUUGUUUAUUUAAAGCUUGCCCCUUGGUGGCUCGUACCACCCCUUGUGAGGGGCUUGCCUUGUAUGAAAGAUUAAAUGGUGUACGUGCAUAUGGUAAUAAAUGAACAAUAAUUAUUUA